GGGAUCCGGUAACUUUGUCUCAGAUCCUUAAAACACAUCCUUGAUUUAGCCCAUGCUGUAAUGAUAAUUAUAAACCUUUGGGUCAUACAUGAAUCCCAUGACUUUCACAAGUCAAUCACCCGUCUGAUUAUCAAGAUAUUAGUGAUUGAAAAUCUAAAUUUCAAAACCGUUCGCCUGACGGUUUUGAAAAUGUAACGGUAGGCAUACCUCCCUCUAUCAGUGCAAGACGUUCAGCGUAUUAGCUGAGGCGACCACCAAGCAGCGGCGGCAGCGGCGGCAGCGACUGGCGACAGAGUCGUCAGGCAUUUGACGUGAGCAAUAUACUGGCCUGCCGCGCGCUCCGAUGCGAUCCAGCGUCCCGGACCUCCGGGCUGGGCGCCGCCCUAGCGCGCUAGGCAUAUGGGGCCCAUGCUAGCUGCAUUGAUUUUAGUAGUUGAACGAUCGACGUCUGCUACGCAACUGACAUCAUGCCGAUGCCGAUGAAAACUAAUUCCGAGAAGAAGCGGGUGACGAAAGCAAGAAAGGAAAAAUUUGAAAGGAAUCAUGGAAGGUUAUACCUGAAGUUGGAUUACUUUGAAAAGCUGCAAGAAAUUGCACGGGAAGAAAGAUUGACCGUCACUGAAGCGGCGGCUGUCGUGAUCGACGCAUACUGCAAGAAGGAUGUGGAUACAGGAAGACCUGUCAAUGCUUCAACACCAAUAUCAUCUGCUUAUCCUGCCACCCCUGGAGUGAGAGUACCUAUGUCCAUUGAAAGUUUGCCCUUCUUCAACUCCCCUCUUGUUCCCAAGUGUGACGUCAGGAAAAUUCAGGACGAUGGCAAACUCCAGGAGCAUGGCAAACUCCAGGACCAUGGCAAACUCCAGGACCAUGAUGUUGACAGAUCCUCAGCUGGAGAAUGUUCUGCCAUGUCAGGAGUGUCAGGAGUGGAGAAAAUGUCAGACUCGGAAGCAAAUGAACCCUCAGUGAGCGUAACUCAACAGCUACAAGGGGCAUCCUCGAUUGAAGAUGAUGAAUUCAAUAUCAGUGUGGAUAUUGUUGAAAAGGGGGACUAUGUCUACCCUCAAGAAAAGACGGUUUGUGAAGAGGAGGAUAACUGGCACCCAUAUCAUAACCACAACAAAUCUCUGUGCAAGGGCCUCAAAGAAAUUUUGGUGGAUGAGGAGGUGUUUGGCGAGGACGAGGAGGGAGAGGAGAGAGAGGAGAUGGAGGUCAGCAGCUCAGGACUCCAUCACAAGAUUACCUCGCCAGAUACUGCGGCAAAAACCAAGCUCUACAUUGUAACCGGUAGCAUGCUGCAGCAUCUGGCGAGGCUGGCCUAUCCAAAAUGCACGACGUGCCACCUGAAGCACUCGGUAUGUGUUACUGAAAGUGGCACCUCUGCACACAUUGUCUGGACCUGUGAAGGAGGGCACAUAGUUCGAGUCUGCAUGCAGGAAACACAUAAUGGCUCUCAUGUUGGCGACAUGAAAUUGGCUUCGUCAAUUCUCCUGUCUGGAAAUAAUUUCCUAAAGGUGAAGCGGCUAGCUGAUUUCAUGAAUCUCCACAUGUUUUCUUCCAGGUUGUUUAAUGCUGUUCAGAACAACUAUGUGUGCCCCGUCAUUGAACAACAUUUCGCUAAAAUGAUGACUGACAACAGGGACAGGCACCGUGAGCAGGAGAUUGUUGUAUGUGGUGAUGCUCGUAAUGACUCACCAGGCUUCAAUGCCCAAUACUGCACCUAUACCUUGAUGGACCACAAAUCAAAAGAUAUUGUUGCAGCGGAAUUCCUCGACAAGCGUGAGGUCGGGGAUAAAAGUGGCGCCAUGGAGCCAGCUGCCCUACUCAAUGCCCUCAACGCUCUGAAGAGCAACAAAAUUAAGGUGGCAGAGUUGGUGACGGACGCCCACCCCACCAUCUCAUGCAUCCUCAAGAGAGACUACCCAGAGGUGAUCCACAGCUGGGAUGUGUGGCACGGGGCCAAGAACCUCGGGAAAAAAAUUUCAAAGGCAUCAACGCUUGCAGCCAAUAGACGCUUGAGGUUUUGGACCAAGCAUGUGGUGAACCACUUCUGGUGGUGUGCUGAAACAUGUAAAGGAGAUGACGGUGUGUUCUUGAACAAGUGGCGUGGGCUGGUGCAUCACGUGACCAAUGUACAUGAUUGGUCUAUUACAGGGGGCUUAGGUGGCGUCCCUCACUGUGAGCAUGGUCCAUUGGAAGAGAGGGAGGAGUGGCUGGUUUCCGGAACCAAAGCGCAUGAUGCCCUUGGCAAAAUUGUUCUUGACAAGAGGUUGCUGAACACCCUUGUGAAGUUUGUCAAUUUCCGACACACUGGUGAACUGGAAUCAUUGCACAGUCACAUCCUGAUGUACUGCAGCAAGAGGUUUUCAUUUGGAUACCGGGCUUACCGAGCCAGGAACAUGCUAGCCAUGCUAGAUUACAACCUGCAUAAGGACAGGCCAAUGGCUCUCGAUUCAGAGGGAAAUCCAAAAUGUCGUUCUAGAUGGUCUAAGCACUCAGCAAGCUGGGUGGUGCAUGAUGUGCGAGUUGGAAAGACGUACACGUAUAUCCCCAUGAUGAUGGAAGAGAUAAUGCGUUGCCGCUUGACCGACUCCCGACCGCUCUUUCGUCCAGCAGACCCACUUCCCAGUGACCCAAGACUUAUCCGCCCCAGACUUGCCCCUGUACCUCCACCACCGAUGGAGGAACUUAAGAAAAAAAGAAAGAGUCGUUUCUCCACAUAGCCAUCUCCUGGAGGAAGAAGUAGAGAGCCAAGUAACAGUCCAUGUAUUUGUACCAAUCAGUAUAUCGAUUUCAUUACAGUGUUAGAUUGUGUGCCGUUAUGCGGCAUGACUAGUAAGAUGUUGACAUCUUUAUCAGAGCUUGCAUGGAAGUGUAAAUAUCAGUAGAUAUAGUACUGAAAUAUAAGAUUAGGGGAGAGCGGGGAGUGUUAGCCCUAUUUUUGAUAUCACUCUUCUAGAGCCAUCAUUUCAUACGCAGGAAGACCAGGCUUUUUCUUGUAUCAAGUCAUAGGUAAUGUCUAGCUAAUAUCCCACUCUCACUGGGGUCAGGCACACAGUUUUCACAAAAACAAAUCAUAAAGUUAAUUACGACAAAAGGGCGAAAUUGCUUCACCCUGGGGCUGGUUCGUCCAUUUAGCGGGGUACAUGUAGGUAGGCAAAAUAAAUACAUGAAACAAAUAUAGUGUUUUAAAACUUCAAAACAUUUAUUUAAAAGGUACUAGAGCCAACGAAGGAUGGUAACAAAUAAGUUGAAACAAGGUGUCCUGGGUGUAGAAUAGAUGUUGAUAACACGAGGCGGACUCUGAAAAAGGAAAACACAAGUAAUGUCAAAAUAAAUAAAUAUAAUAAGUCAUAGAAUCAGAUCAAGUUGGAUAAACACAGUCGUCACUAAACUUUACUGAAGUUGCCAGGUAAGGGCCUGUAUUUUCACUUUCAAUAAAAUCUAAUAAUUUUGAAGAGGCCCAAAGGUAGGAAUAACCACAUUGAAUGGGGUAAGUUUGCCCCCGGGUGAACAUGACCCGUCAAAAACGGGCGAACUAGCCCCAUGGGGCUGUUAUCGUCGUUUAUCUCGUUUUAGGCAAAAUGUACAACCGAUGUUGACUUGUUCCAACAUUUUGUAAUAGACACACACCAGUAUACCUUUUUAAAAAACAAAAACUACCAUCACCACCUCCAUCAAUGUCUACAGGUAAAUACAAGAAAUGUAAAGACAAUUUUUUUUUACUUAAGUGGCCUUAAAAUGGAAAUUUUAGCAUAAUUUUGUUUAUCAAAAAGCCAUCGUCCUCAUGCUGUUGUAUGUUGUGCGGUGUGGGUAGUUUGUCAUUACAUCACCGGCGAAAGUUUUAUCCAAUCACCGCAAGGCUGAGAAUCGAGGGGUGGGCGGACUUGCCCCCAGGGCGGACUAGGCCCGCUCUCCCCUACUGAAGUUAUCCUAAUAAAUUGAAUUGAUUACAUCUUUUCAAUAACAGGCUUAUUUGGAUCAUCAAAACUCUGGAAUAGUUCAGAUAACAACUUUUUUAAAUUUGAUGUUGGGUACUUACAUAAAUCGGCUGCUUCAAACCCUUUGUAGUGGUUGUUUGGGUCAGGGUACUCAUCCCUCGUUCGGCAGACCACACAGCUAGGCACGACUACUCUGUUCCCAAAUCCAAGUCUUCCGUGCUGCCAUAGCACGAAGGUGCGAUAAACCUGGUACCUAUACCUGUUGUGUUCCGCUCCGGGUUCCUGGUCAUUGCCCUCUCGAUUUCGGAGGUUUCUCCAAAGCCGUCUUUGUAGCCCAUUCAUGAACGGGUCCAUCAUUGACAAAACAUACUGAAUGCAGAAACAAGUAAAAAGAAAGGGAGGGGGUGUCACAUUUCAGGUUCUUUACUGUUGAGUGUUACAGUAUGUAUCUUUCACACAGUUUGUUGAAUUGUAUAUCUCUUGCUGACAUGUACAUGCAAGGUGUUACAGGUGGAUUGUCAAAUUUAUUAUGCUUGGCUAGUGAACUUUUUAUGUUUAUUUGUCCACUGCACAAGCAUAUAAUAAAAACAAAAGAAGUUGUUAGAACCAUGCCACUCUAUAUACCAUGUUAUGUCAGUAUUUUAAUCAACAUGUUGUAGCUUUCUUCGUGGAGAUGUAGCUGUUCUGAAUACAUUUCCAUUGUUCCAUAAGAUGUUGAUGUGGUUAAACACUGUACAUAAUUAGCAAUGUUAUGUAAGAUCAGAUUAUUGUAGACAUUAUUGGGAAUGCUCAUCACUAAUGAGGUGUUUGAAGAUUAAGAUAUUUUCCAGACAUGAGUAAACAACUCAAAAGAAAAAUGGAUAUUCGAAACAAAAUUGAUGUGUAGAAAAAAAAAUUCUAUCCAAACAGUUUAAUUUAAGCCAAUUUUUUUUUCUUCUUGUGAUCCACUUCUUCUAUGACCUUUGAGGCGUGUGUAUCAAUAUAACUACUGUGCUGGAGAUGAGGAGCUAACACUCAUUUCUGAAGUUUAUGGUUCAUGUGUAUUGAGUUCCAUCAAUUGACGUAAACAUUAACUUGUAUUUAUUCCAAAAUGUAAUGUUGCUUAUUUUAACUGUUCUCGUGACGAAGUUUGGUCCUUGGGUGACAAUUUUCAAAACUGUUUUUAAGUUGAAAGACAGUGAAGUUGAAGAUGAAGAUGAAUUCUGGCCAUGUGAUUACUAGGUAAGGGAUUGUGCCUUGAUAAUGUAUUACAGAGAAUCAGUGUAUACUUCAACGUUUUGAAAUCAUUACAAUAAGAAUUUGACUAGUGAGGUAAUCCCCAUCGGGAUAACCUGGUUACUGUAUGCAAUGGGUUAAUCUUGCACAAAGUCAUUUACUAUGUACUGAGUUUGUAGGACUACUCACACAUUGGGCAUGACAUUUUGAAUCCAAACUGCUCAACUAUUUCUCAUCACAUUUGGAAUAUGAGAGAAUUUCUUUGGUUAAUCUUGCACAUUGAUAUUACAAUAAUGAGGACCUAAUGACCUAUUUUUUCCACAUUCACUGUUUAAAAAAAAUCUGUUUCUUUAAAACGAUUUUGUUAAACACUUACCUGUGACCGAGACAGGCAGUUUUGAGGUGUUAGGCCGCAACAAAGGGCUUCAACGUCCCUUAUCAUGGGCCUACAAUUCCCACACACACACCAACCUGGUUCGGUGCAAGGACGGAGAGCGGCUACUGGUGGGCAGUUUAAAAGGUCUAACAGCAGACCACUCUCCCUCUCCACCACACCCAGUAGAACAUCUCUGCAUCUAGUGACGUUCAACUCAUUUAUGAUAUUCUGAAAUGAAGAAAAUUAAAUGAUCCAUCCUAUGAGGAAUAGAAUUGUUUCAUGUUUCUAUCUUUAACAUUAAAUCACAUAUUUCAUAGUGAGGUUGUGCCUGA